UAAUUUUCUGAGGUUUUUUUUUAGAAAUGCGCCAUCUAGUGACGGAUGCCCCGUAACUUGGGUAUUUGUACUUCGUUUUAGUCACUAGAUGUCACUGCACCUUAGACCGAUAUUUCAUCGAUUUAAUAACAAAUCUAAAAAAAGUUUUGUGAUUAGAAAUAUUAACAAAUAUUGUAAUUAAAUAAUUUUAUGAUUUAUUUUUAAUUCUUUUUUAUCUAUGAGGACGUCUUAGUUAAUCACAAUAAUCACACUACUUGAAACCACUUGAAACACUGACGAUUGACAUUGACAGUCGACCAUACUUUUAAAUUAAACCGUUUUCCGUUUUCUAACGUGUUGGUUUAUUCUGAGUGUUAUUUUCUGGUUUUUUUAUUACGAUUGUUGCGUGUUCCUGGACUCUGAUACUGACUGCUUCUGUGAUUGACCUGGCUUCGUAUUUUGGACCUGUGAUCUACUGCAUUUUCAUUGACCCGGCUUUGUAUUUUGGAACCUCGAUCGACUGCUUUUACAUUGACCCGGCACCGUAUUUAGGACUAGAAAAUGCGUCCAGUGGAUCGUCUUAGGGGCGGAAUGCCAUCAACGUCAAGAUAUAAGUGCUACUUUGAUUGUGACAAUGACGGCCCAUUGCACCGAUUUCCUAAACCUGAAUACCCACAUUUGGAAAAGUUUAACUCGUGGAAAAAAGUACUAGAUAAAGCUUUACAAGAGAAAGGCGACAUCUACAUUUAUAACCAAAUUCGAUUUUGCGACAGACAUUUUGAAGAGUGUUACCGUUCAGCCAGUCACCGACUUACUCCAAAUGCAAUACCAACUCUAGAUUUAUCUACAUUACCAGUUGGUCAAACUCUUGAAGGUCCAUCGGGACAUGUCGAGGCAGACAUGUCGAAUUUAUUAAACAUUUCGCAAGAUAAACUUGCUGUCAUUGAGCCAUCCAGCUCUACCCACUAUCAUAGUGAUGUACAGAAUGCAUUACAGACAGCUGAACGCCCUAAAGGUUCUAGGAAAAGAGGGACUUGUCAAUAUUUAAAACGAGUCGUCACCUCAAAGAGAAGGAGAUAAUAAAGUUAAAACAGAAAGUAUUGAAGCUGAAAAAGAAAUAUAAGGAACAAAAUAACAAGAAACUCUCUGCAAGGAAAAUUUCCACAUCAAAAUCAUUUUUGAAAGAGUUAAAUAAAAUGCCUGCAACAAUAAAAAUAUUUACUUCCCUCCAAAUGAAAUGGAAAAAGAAACCACGAGGCAGGCGAUUUACAUUUAACGAAAAAUCAUGGCAUUGACCAU